GCAUAUCCAGUGUAUGUACAAUACAUACCGUACGCGGUAUAAAUACUGCUUGCACUGUAUUAGUACUUCACUAAUUAAUCUUGCAGUCAUAUGACGUGCAGCUGCAGAAAUAUAGAGCUAGGCAACAAAAGCAGACAGAGACCCUAGGCCUUUAGCUGGCUUUAAGGACUUGGAUUGGGAAAGCUAGGCGCAGAAUUAGCGUCCUCUCUAGGCUCAAGAGUAGGGCCCUAGAUUUACUCCCUAGUAAUAAAAAGUGCCAUUCUUAUUUUCGUGCUUGUGACCAGUGGAUAGUGGUAUUUGAGAGAGAUGAAGCUGGUGACUAUCCUUGUGGUGGCUUCUCUUGUGUCACUGGCAUUUGGAGGACCCCUGAAGGUAUCAAAGGUGGCAGAACUUGCCAAAGAGAAUACUUGUAAAGAUGGAUGUGCUACUACAUCAACGUGUUGUAACGACUUGAACAAUGAAUCAGGAUGUUGCACAUACCCAAAUGCAGUAUGCUGCUCUGAUGGUCGCCACUGUUGUCCUACAGGCUACGAAUGUGAUGUCACCAGCAACACAUGCAUAAAAGGAAAUGAUGUAAUGAGGAUGUUGAUCACAGAUUUAACUAGUAAUGCAUCUGCUGUAAUUUGUCCUGAUGGCCAAUCAGAAUGUCCAGAUGGUAAUACAUGUUGCAAACUUGCUUCUGGCCAAUAUGGUUGUUGCCCUCUACCAAAUGCAGUUUGUUGUAGUGAUCAUCUUCACUGCUGUCCAUCAGGUUACACUUGUGGUGUAUCAUCUGGCACAUGCACUCAAGGAGAGUCUGUUGUCCCUUGGUAUGAAAAGUCAUCUGCCACUCCUGUGCACGAAGAAAAUGUUGUAUGUCCUGAUGGCCAAUCAGAAUGUCCAGAUGGUAAUACAUGUUGCACACUUGCUUCUGGCCAAUAUGGUUGUUGUCCUCUACCAAAUGCAGUUUGUUGUAGUGAUCAUCUUCACUGCUGUCCAUCAGGAUACACUUGUGGUGUAUCAUCUGGCACAUGCACUCAAGGAGAGUCUGUUGUCCCUUGGUAUGAAAAGUCAUCUGCAACUCCUGUGCACGUAGAAAAUGUUGUAUGUCCUGAUGGCCAAUCAGAAUGUCCAGAUGGUAAUACAUGUUGCACACUUGCUUCUGGCCAAUAUGGUUGUUGUCCUCUGCCAAAUGCAGUGUGUUGUAGUGAUCAUCUUCACUGCUGUCCAUCAGGUUACACUUGUGGUGUUUCAUCUGGCACAUGCACACAGGGAGAGUCUGUUGUCCCUUGGUAUGAAAAGUCAUCUGCCACUCCUGUGCACGUAGAAAGUGUUGUAUGCCCAGAUGGCCAAUCAGAAUGUCCAGAUGGUAAUACAUGUUGCACACUUGCUUCUGGCCAAUAUGGUUGUUGUCCUCUGCCAAAUGCAGUGUGUUGUAGUGAUCAUCUUCACUGCUGUCCAUCAGGUUACACUUGUGGUGUAUCAUCUGGCACAUGCACACGAGGAGAGUCUGUUGUCUUAUGGUAUGAAAAGUCAUCUGCCACUCCUGUGCACGUAGAAAGUGUUGUAUGUCCUGAUGGCCAAUCAGAAUGUCCAGAUGGUAAUACAUGUUGCAAACUUGCUUCUGGCCAAUAUGGUUGUUGUCCUCUACCAAAUGCAGUGUGUUGUAGUGAUCAUCUUCACUGCUGUCCAUCAGGAUACACUUGUGGUGUAUCAUCUGGCACAUGCACUCAAGGAGAGUCUGUUGUCCCUUGGUAUGAAAAGUCAUCUGCCACUCCUGUGCACGUAGAAAGUGUUGUAUGUCCUGAUGGCCAAUCAGAAUGUCCAGAUGGUAAUACAUGUUGCACACUUGCUUCUGGCCAAUAUGGUUGUUGUCCUCUACCAAAUGCAGUGUGUUGUAGUGAUCAUCUUCACUGCUGUCCAUCAGGAUACACUUGUGGUGUAUCAUCUGGCACAUGCACUCAAGGAGAGUCUGUUGUCCCUUGGUAUGAAAAGUCAUCUGCCACUCCUGUGCACGAAGAAAAUGUUGUAUGUCCUGAUGGCCAAUCAGAAUGUCCAGAUGGUAAUACAUGUUGCAAACUUGCUUCUGGCCAAUAUGGUUGUUGUCCUCUACCAAAUGCAGUUUGUUGUAGUGAUCAUCUUCACUGCUGUCCAUCAGGAUACACUUGUGGUGUAUCAUCUGGCACAUGCACUCAAGGAGAGUCUGUUGUCCCUUGGUAUGAAAAGUCAUCUGCCACUCCUGUGCACGAAGAAAAUGUUGUAUGUCCUGAUGGCCAAUCAGAAUGUCCAGAUGGUAAUACAUGUUGCAAACUUGCUUCUGGCCAAUAUGGUUGUUGUCCUCUACCAAAUGCAGUGUGUUGUAGUGAUCAUCUUCACUGCUGUCCAUCAGGUUACACUUGUGGUGUUUCAUCUGGCACAUGCACACAGGGAGAGUCUGUUGUCCCUUGGUAUGAAAAGUCAUCUGCCACUCCUGUGCUUGUAGAAAAUGUUGUAUGUCCUGAUGGCCAAUCAGAAUGUCCAGAUGGUAAUACAUGUUGCACACUUGCUUCUGGCCAAUAUGGUUGUUGUCCUCUGCCAAAUGCAGUGUGUUGUAGUGAUCAUCUUCACUGCUGUCCAUCAGGAUACACUUGUGGUGUAUCAUCUGGCACAUGCACACGAGGAGAGUCUGUUGUCUUAUGGUAUGAAAAAUCAUCUGCCACUCCAGUGCAAGUAGAAAAUGUUGUAUGUCCUGAUGGCCAAUCAGAAUGUCCAGAUGGUAAUACAUGUUGCAAACUUGCUUCUGGCCAAUAUGGUUGUUGUCCUCUACCAAAUGCAGUGUGUUGUAGUGAUCAUCUUCACUGCUGUCCAUCAGGAUACACUUGUGGUGUAUCAUCUGGCACAUGCACUCAAGGAGAGUCUGUUGUCCCUUGGUAUGAAAAGUCAUCUGCCACUCCUGUGCACGUAGAAAAUGUUGUAUGCCCUGAUGGCCAAUCAGAAUGUCCAGAUGGUAAUACAUGUUGCACACUUGCUUCUGGCCAAUAUGGUUGUUGUCCUCUACCAAAUGCAGUUUGUUGUAGUGAUCAUCUUCACUGCUGUCCAUCAGGAUACACUUGUGGUGUAUCAUCUGGCACAUGCACUCAAGGAGAGUCUGUUGUCCCUUGGUAUGAAAAGUCAUCUGCCACUCCUGUGCACGUAGAAAAUGUUGUAUGUCCUGAUGGCCAAUCAGAAUGUCCAGAUGGUAAUACAUGUUGCAAACUUGCUUCUGGCCAAUAUGGUUGUUGUCCUCUACCAAAUGCAGUUUGUUGUAGUGAUCAUCUUCACUGCUGUCCAUCAGGAUACACUUGUGGUGUAUCAUCUGGCACAUGCACUCAAGGAGAGUCUGUUGUCUCUUGGUAUGAAAAGUCAGCUGCCACUCCUGUGCAAGUAAAGAGUGUUAUCUGUCCAGGAGGCCAAGCACAAUGCCCAGAUGGUAAUACAUGUUGCAAACUUGCUUCUGGCCAAUAUGGUUGUUGUCCUCUGCCAAAUGCAGUGUGUUGUAGUGAUCAUCUUCACUGCUGUCCAUCAGGAUACACUUGCGGUGUUUCUGCAGGAACCUGCACACGAGGAGAGUCUGUUGUCUUAUGGUAUGAAAAAUCAUCUGCCACUCCAGUGCAAGUAGAAAAUGUUGUAUGUCCUGAUGGCCAAUCAGAAUGUCCAGAUGGUAAUACAUGUUGCAAGCUUGCUUCUGGCCAAUAUGGUUGUUGUCCUCUACCAAAUGCAGUUUGUUGUAGUGAUCAUCUUCACUGCUGUCCAUCAGGAUACACUUGUGGUGUAUCAUCUGGUACAUGCACACAGGGAGAGUCUGUGGUCUUAUGGUUUGAAAAAUCAGCUGCCACUCCUGUGCAAGUAGAGAGUGUUAUCUGUCCAGGAGGCCAAUCCGAAUGUCCAGAUGGUAAUACAUGUUGCAAACUUGCUUCUGGUCAGUAUGGUUGUUGCCCUCUACCAAAUGCAGUUUGUUGUAGUGAUCAUCUUCACUGCUGUCCAUCAGGAUACACUUGUGGUGUAUCAUCUGGCACAUGCACUCAAGGAGAGUCUGUUGUCCCUUGGUAUGAAAAGUCAUCUGCCACUCCUGUGCACGUAGAAAAUGUUGUUUGUCCUGAUGGCCAAUCAGAAUGUCCAGAUGGUAAUACAUGUUGCAAACUUGCUUCUGGCCAAUAUGGUUGUUGCCCUCUACCAAAUGCAGUUUGUUGUAGUGAUCAUCUUCACUGCUGUCCAUCAGGAUACACUUGUGGUGUAUCAUCUGGCACAUGCACUCAAGGAGAGUCUGUUGUCUCUUGGUAUGAAAAGUCAGCUGCCACUCCUGUGCAAGUAGAGAGUGUUAUCUGUCCAGGAGGCCAAGCACAAUGCCCAGAUGGUAAUACAUGUUGCAAACUUGCUUCUGGCCAAUAUGGUUGUUGUCCUCUGCCAAAUGCAGUGUGUUGUAGUGAUCAUCUUCACUGCUGUCCAUCAGGAUACACUUGUGGUGUUUCUGCAGGAACCUGCACACGAGGAGAGUCUGUUGUCUUAUGGUAUGAAAAAUCAUCUGCCACUCCAGUGCAAGUAGAAAAUGUUGUAUGUCCUGAUGGCCAAUCAGAAUGUCCAGAUGGUAAUACAUGUUGCAAGCUUGCUUCUGGCCAAUAUGGUUGUUGUCCUCUACCAAAUGCAGUUUGUUGUAGUGAUCAUCUUCACUGCUGUCCAUCAGGAUACACUUGUGGUGUAUCAUCUGGUACAUGCACACAGGGAGAGUCUGUGGUCUUAUGGUAUGAAAAGUCAGCUGCCACUCCUUUGCAAGUAGAGAGUGUUCUCUGUCCAGGAGGCCAAUCCGAAUGUCCAGAUGGUAAUACAUGUUGCAAACUUGCUUCUGGCCAGUAUGGUUGUUGCCCUCUACCAAAUGCAGUUUGUUGUAGUGAUCAUCUACACUGCUGUCCAUCAGGAUACACUUGUGGUGUAUCAUCUGGCACAUGCACUCAAGGAGAGUCUGUUGUCCCUUGGUAUGAAAAGUCAUCUGCCACUCCUGUGCACGUGGAAAAUGUUGUAUGUCCUGAUGGCCAAUCAGAAUGUCCAGAUGGUAAUACAUGUUGCACACUUGCUUCUGGCCAAUAUGGUUGUUGUCCUCUACCAAAUGCAGUGUGUUGUAGUGAUCAUCUUCACUGCUGUCCAUCAGGAUACACUUGUGGUGUAUCAUCUGGCACAUGCACUCAAGGAGAGUCUGUUGUCCCUUGGUAUGAAAAGUCAUCUGCCACUCCUGUGCAAGUAGACAGUGUUAUCUGUCCAGGAGGCCAAGCACAAUGCCCAGAUGGUAAUACAUGUUGCAAACUUCCUUCUGGUCAAUAUGGUUGUUGUCCUUUACCAAAUGCAGUGUGUUGUAGUGAUGGUGAGCACUGCUGUCCGUCAGGAUACACUUGCGAUGUUUCUGCGGGAACCUGCACACAGGGAGAGUCUGUGGUCUUAUGGUAUGAAAAGUCAUCUGCCACUCCAGUGCAAGUAGAGAGUGUUGUAUGUCCAGGAGGCCAAGCACAAUGCCCAGAUGGUAAUACAUGUUGCAAACUUCCUUCUGGUCAAUAUGGUUGUUGUCCUUUACCAAAUGCAGUGUGUUGUAGUGAUGGUCAGCACUGCUGUCCGUCAGGAUACACUUGCGAUGUUUCUGCAGGAACCUGCACACAAGGAGAGUCUGUUGUUCCUUGGUAUGAAAAGUCAUCUGCCACUCCUGUGCAGAUAGAGAGUGUUGUAUGCCCUGAUGGCCAAUCAGAAUGCCCAGAUGGUAGUACAUGUUGCAAACUUGCUUCUGGUCAAUAUGGUUGUUGUCCUAUACCAAGUGCAGUGUGUUGUAGUGAUCAUCUUCACUGCUGUCCAUCAGGAUACACUUGCGAUGUUUCUGCAGGAACCUGCACACAAGGAGAGUCUGUUGUUCCUUGGUAUGAAAAGUCAUCUGCCACUCCUGUGCAGAUAGAGAGUGUUGUAUGCCCUGAUGGCCAAUCAGAAUGCCCAGAUGGUAGUACAUGUUGCAAACUUGCUUCUGGUCAAUAUGGUUGUUGUCCUUUACCAAAUGCAGUGUGUUGUAGUGAUGGUCAGCACUGCUGUCCAUCAGGAUACACUUGCGAUGUUUCUGCAGGAACCUGCACACAAGGAGAGUCUGUUGUCCCUUGGUAUGAAAAGUCAUCUGCCACUCCAGUGUACGUAGAGAGUGUUGUAUGUCCUGAUGGCCAAUCAGAAUGCCCAGAUGGUAAUACAUGUUGCAAGCUUGCUUCUGGCCAAUAUGGUUGUUGUCCUCUACCAAAUGCAGUUUGUUGUAGUGAUCAUCUUCACUGUUGUCCAUCAGGAUACACUUGUGGUGUAUCAUCUGGCACAUGUACAAGGGGUAGCAGCAUCUUGGAAUGGAGUUCAAAGUCAAGUGCACGUUCUAAUGUAGACAAACUUCAGAUUACGGCCACUGAACCAGUUAGCAUCUGCCCAGAUAGCAAGACAUCAUGCCCUUCAUCAAGCACUUGUUGCCCCCUCAUGGCUUCAGGAGAAUGGGGUUGCUGCCCCGUACAUAAUGCUGUGUGCUGUGAUGACCACAUUCACUGUUGCCCAUCAGGCUACAGUUGCGGAACCAACUCCUGCCAGAAGGGCUCCAUGCACCUACCCCUUCUCUCCAAGUCCACUGGCCUCCUUAAGCUUACCUUCGAGGGCCAGGAAGAACCAAAGCCAGAGGUCAAAGUUCAUGAUAAUAAGCAUCUCCUAUUUCAGCCAGAUGAACCACGGACAGGAUCCGUCAUCUGCCCAGGAGGCAAAAUAGAAUGUCAAGAUGGAAACGCUUGUUGCCUGUUAGCCGGCGGUGAUUAUUCUUGUUGCCCUCUCCCUCAGGCGGUGUCCCCCCAUGAGGAAUCAGGUGAUAAGAUGAUGUGUCCUGAUGAGAUCUCAUCCUGUCCCACUGGAUCCACCUGCUGUCAGACACCAGGAAACAUCUACGGCUGCUGCCCCUACCAAGCAGCUAUCUGCUGCUCUGAUCUAAUACACUGCUGUCCAAGUGACUACUCCUGUAACAGCUCUACAGGAACAUGCACCAAAGAUGACCAUAUCAUGCCAUGGGUGGGAAAGAUUCCACCUCUCUAAUCCAUUGAGCUUCAAGGAUGACAUGGCUAAGGAGACUUUACACAAGAUCAACAAAUUUCUAGACAAAAAUAUGAUUUUGCUUUUAAAGUACCUAUCAGUUGGAGAGACUUAUUUUUAGUACUAUGAGUAUGCUUCUUAAAGCAAUUUAUCUGUAAGAUAAGCUUGAUUGAUGUAUGGUUAUAUUUAUGUCAGUUUUAAAAUAUAGAUUAAAAAUUUAUUAGCUUACAGAAUUUGAAAUUUGGGUUGUGUUACUACGUAAAGAGUGUUUUGAGAUUAAGAAGUAUUCCAUGGGAAAGAUUCCACACCACUUCCAGCUUGAGUAGUUGUGGGUAAGAAUUUCUUAUUUUUACCUCACUGAAAAAACAUUAUAACAUGUAUUAUUAUGUAAAAAUGGUGAAGUAGUGGUGACAAUCCUCGAUUUGAUGAAUUUAUUUUAUGCAAAUUCAGAUUGUAUGUAAUUCUAGUACCAUAUCAGUUUUGAUUUAUACAUUUUUUCAUAUAUAGAUUAGAGCAGUCACUGUACAUAAAUUGAAGGAAGGAGGAAAAUAUUAAUCAGGCUGUCUUGAAUCUAAUCAAGUUAUGUUUACUAGAGAUAUAUUUUGAGAAUAUUGUUGAUGGACUUUUAUUCAUAUUGUAUGUCAUCAUGACUGUAUGUUUUUAUGAGGAAAUAAACUUAAGAUCUAAGAGAUCAAAAUAUAAAUGGAUGGAUGCAAAUAUAUGAUCAGAGAACUGUUAAAGAUUGUGUGUUUAUUUGUUCUAUCAAUUAAAGUAAAGGUGAAGGUGAAUUCCAAGGAUUAUAUUCUUUUUCACAAUAGGGCUGCAUAUCACUUUUUUUGGCUAUUCAAUCCUUGUCAGCUGUUAUAUCACUGAUAUGACAAAUGGCAAUGCACAAACAUCCCCAGGAAUAACUGUCAAACAUUGUUUAUGAUAAUAUCAAUAAAGAAUAAUGAGAUGAAAGUGCUAGUAUGAAAAUGCCCAAGGCUCUUAGAGAGUACAUCAAAAGUAGAAUCUUAAAUGUAAAAUGCAAUACAGAAUAAUUAAACAUCAACAUGAUGUGCUUAUGUAUCUGUGAUAUAGCCAAGUAAGAUCUGCUUUAAUACAUGUACGCUCCACAGCACCAGAUGAACUGCUACCUCUGGCAUGUUUGUGCUCUCCUAGUCUUGUACUUCACUGCAGUUUGCAGCUUUCUCAUAAUCAAAAUAGAUUUAUUUCAUUGUUUAUUUCUAAACUCAUUAAACAUACAAUGUCAAUUCAAAGUGAUAUAAUAUACAUGUAUUGUAUACUGGCAAAAGUGUAUAUCGCAUGCUUUUGCUUUUAUUAUUGCAAUAUUCCAUGUUGAGAUAUAUAUCGUGCAGCCCUAUUAUCACGAUAUUGACUUUUCAAAUUUGUCAUCAAGUAUUCCUUUUGUGUAUUCUUUGUUUAAAGUAGCCAAUCAUGUAUGUUCUAUGGCGUCUUUCUGAAAGCCAACAUCUGGGGAAAUUUAGAGGCUUUUUCUUUGUAUCUCUUAGAUUGUCUGUCACAUAAAUCUACAGAACUGGUUGCAUCUGUUUGGAUAUAGGUUGGGGGCGGUCUGUGGAUUACAGUUUGUUGGUUAUCUUUGCCCAAGACCUGGCAGCACAGCCAGGUGCACCUGGAAUUCAUGUAUUUUUGUGUGAUUUGCAAUUGAUUAAGUUUGUUUCUGUAUUUUUAUAUCGAGUGUUUUCUGCCGAAUAAAGUAAUGAUAAUGAUAAUAGUAAA